AUUAGCAGACAAAUCAAAAAAAAAAAUUAUCAGCAGAACAGGGUUUUUCUCACAAUGGUUUCCGUAAAUGAAGAAGGCGAAAGGGAUCUCGAAAUGGGCUCAUCAACCCUAGAUUUGCCUUCACCUUCACCAUCGCCUUCGCCUCGAGCGGCUGUUUUGGUGGUAUCCAAUUCCAGCAAGUCCUUGGCCGCCUCGAAUUCCGGAAAGGCCUUGUUUGUUUCAAACUCCGGUAAAGCAUUGGUAGUUUCGAAUUCCGGUAAAAGAAUGGACCAAUCAGGAAAGAAGAAGUACGUGAAGCAGGUGACGGGUCGGCACAAUGAUACAGAGCUCCAUUUGGCCGCUCAGAAGGGUGACGUAGCGGUAGUGAGGCAGAUUUUAGGGGAGAUUGAUGAGCAGAUGCUGAAGACAUCAAACGGGGCUGAUUUCGAUGCUGAGGUGGCAGAGAUCAGGUCCGUUGUAGUGAACGAGGUCAAUGAAUUGGGGGAGACUGCACUUUUCACAGCGUCGGAAAAGGGGUAUAUUGAUGUAGUGAAGGAAUUGUUGCCUUAUUCGACGAAUGAGGGGAUUAGGAUGAAGAACAGGUCAGGUUUUGACCCGUUGCACAUUGCAGCAAGUCGAGGCCAUCAUGAUAUUGUCCAGAUGUUGUUAGAACACGAUCCUCAGCUAAGCAAAACAGUGGCUCAAUCAAAUGCGACUCCUCUCAUAUCAGCAGCAACAAAAGGACACCUGGCAGUUGUCAAUAUAUUGCUUUCAAAGGACUCUAGUUUGCUAGAGAUAUCAAGAUCCAACGGCAAAAACGCAUUACAUUUAUCCGCCCGCCAAGGCCAUGUAGCUAUUGUCAAAGCAUUGCUGGAAAAGGACCCUCAACUGGCUAGAAGGACAGAUAAGAAGGGACAAACUGCACUACACAUGGCUGCUAAAGGCGUUAGUUCCUCAGUGGUUAAGUUGCUUCUGCAAGCAGAUGCAGCCAUUGUGAUGCUCCCGGAUAAAUUUGGUAACACUGCAUUGCAUAUAGCCACCCGGAAAAAGCGUGCUGAGAUUGUGCAUGAACUAUUACUGCUUCGAGACACAAAUGUUAAUGCACUGACAAGAGACCACAAAACCGCUCUCGACAUAGCCGAAUCUCUCCCUCUGUCCGAAGAAACCGUGGAAAUCAAAGAGUGCUUGACUCGCUACGGUGCUCUGAGAGCCAACGAACUGAACCAGCCACGAGACGAGCUUCGAAAAACCGUCUCGGAAAUCAAGAAAGACGUACACAUCCAGCUCGAACAAGCUCGCAAAACAAACAAAAAUGUCAACGGGAUAGCGAAGGAGCUCAGAAAACUCCACAGAGAAGGAAUAAACAAUGCCACCAACUCGGUCACAGUGGUGGCUGUCCUAUUCGCUACAGUUGCCUUCGCUGCAAUUUUUACAGUUCCUGGAGGCGACAACAACAGCGGAAUGGCUGUGGCUGUGACCAGCCCAGCUUUCAAGGUCUUCUUUAUAUCUAACGCCGUGGCCCUUUUUACGUCACUGGCUGUCGUUGUAGUGCAGAUCACAGUUGUGAGAGGUGAGAUAAAAUCGGAGAGGAGGGUUGUGGAGGUGAUCAAUAAGUUGAUGUGGUUAGCAUCUGUUUGCACUACCGUGGCUUUUAUUGCUUCGUCUUAUAUAGUUGUGGGGCGGCAUAAUAAGUGGGCGGCGAUUCUUGUGACUGUGAUUGGUGGAGCUACUAUGGCAGGGGUUUUGAGUGCUAUGACAUAUUACGUGGUGAAAUCUAGAAGGUUCCGGAAGGUGAGAAAGAAAGAUAAGUACGCGAGGAGCGGGACAAACUCAUGGAGGCACUCGGAUACUGAUACGGAAGUCAACCCUAUAUAUGCUAUUUGAUGCGGAAAAAAAAAAAGGUAUGAGUUUCGACCGGACCUUUUUUUUUUCUCCAGUUAGUCUGUAAAUUUGAAAAUAGGUUCUUGAAAUCGACUAAUUUGGUGGAUUUUUAAGGAUGAGUUAUGUGAGGAGAGGAAAACUUAUAAUAGCUCCCUCAGUGAUAUUCAGUCCAUCUGAAGUUGUAACAUAAAGAAACAUAAUACUGAAUUUGCUCCCUGCAAAUUUACAUAAAAACUUCUCCUCUUCCA